UACAAUCUGAGUAAUAUCUUAGCACUUUUUGAUGGCUAGUCCAACAUUCAGCCUCACAAAACAAAGACCACGAAAGCAAAUGCUAACUGUAGGUGCAAAAAUGACAUGCAAGUUUGUGCUUGUUGUUGUUGUGGGAGUUCUAGUGCAAACUUCCUCUGCAAGGAAACUUCUUGAGGAUCCAUUAUUACCCAAUUUACCUAACUUCAACGGUGGAUUUGACCAAAUUUUAGGUGGUCUUGGCGGCGGUGGUGGUGGUGGUGGAGGUGGAGGUGGAGGUGGAGGAGGAAGUAAUGGUGGAUUUGGUGCUGGCUUCGGAUUUGGCGAAGGUCACGGAUCAGGUGCAAUUGGCGGAUUUGACCAAAUUGUGGGAGGUCUUGUUGGCGGUGGUGGUGGUGGCGGCGGCGGCGGCGGAGGUGGAGGUGGAGGAGGUAGCGAUGGUGGAUUUGGUUCCGGCUUUGGAUAUGGCGAGGGUCAUGGAUCAGGUGCAAACGGUAGCGGCGGUAGUGGUGGUGGUGGUGGAGGUGGAGGUGGCGGCGGUGGUGGUCAAGACGGUGGUAGUGGUUUUGGGGCCGGAGCAGGAUGGGGCCAAGGUGGUGGUGGAAAUUGAUCCCACCAAUUGCUCAAAUAAAUCUUUUAAUAUAAUAAGUGAAAAGCACAUUAAAAGCAAGUAAUUUGCUAUAGGGAUUUUGUUUUUGUCCUAAUUGCUAAUUACACUAUUUAGCGUGCUAUGGCUAGUGGCUCUUGAAUAAACAUUUUGAUUAUUAGAUACAUGGUAACAAUGUUCGACUUGAUGUACAUCUACUCUUGUUUUGUUUUUACCACAUUAUUAAUCAUUAUAAUAGAUGAUACAA